AUGGCAGGCUCCAAGACGGAUUUGCCCCAAAAUCUCAUUGCCCAGAUCCGAUACCUGGAGGAUCUGUUCACCGUUGACACACAGAAGCUCAAGGCAAUCUCGGACCACUUUGUCUCCGAGCUUGAUAAGGGCCUCAGCGUCGAGGGUGGAAGCAUUCCCAUGAACCCUACCUGGGUGAUGGCCUUUCCCGAUGGCCACGAAACCGGUACCUACCUUGCUCUGGAUAUGGGUGGCACAAAUCUCCGCGUCUGCGAGAUUACCCUAACCGACCAAAAGUCGGAGUUUGACAUCAUUCAAUCCAAGUACCGGAUGCCUGAGGAGCUCAAGACCACGAACAAUAACGAGGAACUUUGGGACUAUAUUGCCGACUGCUUGCACCAAUUCGUCGAGACUCACCAUGGCGACUGUGCUAAGGUCGAUGUCCUUCCGUUGGGCUUCACCUUUUCCUAUCCUGCGACCCAGAACUACAUCGAUGAGGGCAUUUUGCAGCGGUGGACCAAGGGUUUCGACAUCAACGGUGUCGAGGGCAAGAACGUGGUGCCUAUGCUUGACGCUGCCCUAGCAAAGCGCGGCGUCCCUAUUCGCGUGACUGCGUUGAUCAACGACACGACGGGUACCAUGAUCGCUUCGGCCUACACCGACACCAAGAUGAAGAUUGGUUGUAUCUUUGGCACUGGCUGCAACGCAGCUUACAUGGAGGAGGUUGGCCAGAUCCCCAAGCUCGCUCAGCUCAACCUGCCGGCCGACACACCCAUGGCCAUCAACUGCGAGUGGGGUGCCUUUGACAACGAGCACAAGGUUCUUCCCCGUACGAGCUACGAUGUGGCCAUUGAUCGCGACUCGCCCCGCCCCGGUCAGCAGGCUUUCGAGAAGAUGAUUGCUGGCCUCUACCUGGGAGAAAUCUUCCGACUCGUGCUUGUUGACCUGCACGAUAACGAAGAGGUCAACAUCUUCAAGGGCCAAGACAUUGCCAUCCUCCGCAAGCCGUACAGCUUGGAUUCUUCUUUCCUAUCUGGCGUUGAGGAGGAUCCUUUCGAGAACCUCCAGGAGACUUACGAUACCUUUGCUCAGAAGCUGAACAUUGUCUGCACGCUACCCGAGCUCGAGCUGAUCCGCCGACUGGCAGAGCUGAUCGGCACCCGCGCAGCCCGUCUCUCCGCCUGCGGCGUCGCCGCCAUCUGCAAGAAGAAGAACUACAAGUCAUGCCAUGUCGGCGCUGACGGGUCGGUCUUCAACAAAUACCCUCACUUCAAGGCACGUGGUGCCCAGGCACUCAAGGAGAUUCUGGACUGGCCCGAGAAAAGCAACCCGAAGGAGGAGGACCCCAUUGAAGUGCUCGCUGCUGAGGAUGGCAGUGGCGUGGGUGCCGCUUUGAUUGCCGCUCUGACGCUCAAGCGUGUCAAGGGAGGCAACCUUGCCGGCAUCCUCCACCCAGAACACUUCAAGUAA